AUGAGCACUCCUGUGAGACCUUCUAGUCGCUUUAGCGAACUAUCUAAGUACAUCAAUAGUUUGACCAAUUUACUUGGCGUGGAUAUUCUUGCGCCCAAAAUGGAAUUUAACUAUCGCACCUGGACCACGAUUUUUGCGAUAGCUAACUAUUCGGCAUUCACGGUGUUUACGAUCCUAAAUGGAGGUGACUGGAGAGUGGGACUGAAGGCCAGCCUCAUGAUUGGUGGCCUUAUCCACGGACUCGGAAAGUUCCUGACUUGUCUGCUGAAGCAUAAGGAAAUGAGACGCACAGUCCUUUACACACAAAGCAUUUACGAGGAGUACGAGAGUCGGGGAGAAUCCUACCACAAAACCUUGAAUUUGAACAUAGAUCGACUUCUGGGCAUUAUGAAGAUUGUUCGAAACGGCUAUGUAUUCGCUUUUUGUUUAAUGGAAAUCCAGCCGUUGGCCAUGCUUAUGUACGAUGGAACCCGGGUCACUGCGAUGCAGUAUGUAAUUCCAGGUCUACCGCUUGAGAACAAUUAUGGCUACGUAGUCACGUACCUGAUUCAGUCGGUUACAAUGGUCGUGACAGGAGUCGGAUUCUACGCCGGUGAUUUGUUCGUAUUUCUCGGCCUAACGCAGAUCCUAACUUUCGCCGAUAUGCUGCAGCUGAAGGUGAAUGAGCUAAAUGAUACCCUAAAGCAAAAAGCGGAAACCAGAGUUCUGGUCCCAGUUGGAGCUUCUGUUAAAGGAGAGUCGAAUCGACAACGCCUUCUCUUGGAGGUUAUCAAAUGGCAUCAGUUAUUCACGGAGUACUGUCGCGCCAUAAAUGCCCUCUACUACGAAUUGAUUGCCACCCAGGUUCUCUCGAUGGCUUUGGCUAUGAUGCUCAGCUUCUGCAUUAAUUUGAGCAGCUUUCACAUGCCAUCGGCCAUAUUUUUUGUGGUUUCUGCGUACAGCAUGUCCAUCUAUUGCAUACUGGGCACCAUUCUUGAGUUUGGACAUGACCAGGUGUACGAGAGCAUCUGCAAUGUGGCGUGGUAUGAGUUGAGUGGCGACCAGCGAAAGCUAUUUGGUUUUUUGCUGCGGGAAUCUCAGUAUCCGCACAAUAUACAGAUACUUGGAGUUAUGCCGCUUUCCGUGAGAACAGCUCUACAGAUUGUAAAACUGAUUUACAGCGUGUCCAUGAUGAUGAUGAAUCGGGCAUAA